UCAAACGUUUGAUGGAAUAUGGCAUAAUCGUUUUACCAUAAGAAAUCAUUUGACCGAAUGUACGGAAUCCCAGGUUCACAAACCGAAAAUGGAGUUGAAUAUGCCAAGUUUGAAUUCAGGCACAAGAAAUGAAGACUACUAUUGUGGCCUAAUAUACAGUGAAUUGAUAGAAGGACCGCUACGAGAAACAGAUCUACUACAUAGAUUAGUAAAACUGGAUGUGUUGGCAGUAGAAGUUAGACAAUGUCUGGUUUUGAUGGAGAAAAACGGGUCUAUAUGUAAGACUGGUGCUCAAGAAACUGUAUGGCAGUUAGAUUCAGAGAUACAUAGUGGAGACUUUUCAGAAGAUACAAUUCUGUCAGACUCUUCCUUAAAUGAUUUGUGUGCCGGAAUUGAAAACACAAGUUUAGAAAGCAGUACCAGUGAAAAUACAGUUCCAAAGUCAUCUUUAGGCAUAGAAAGCCUACCACCACCUGCUAAAAGGACAAUUUCAAAAAGACCUGCUAAAGACACCAAUAUAAAGGCAGCAUCCUCAACCAAUGGACAGAAUUCUUUUGAACCAAGAAGAUCCAAUUCUGAACAGACCAGUCCUAAGACAACACCACCAGCCAGUGGAGAACACUCUUUAGAAUCAAGUUUGGUACCCAGUUUGACAUCUUCUACACCAAACAGAUCUAUAAAUAAUUCAGAAUCAAUGGCACCAAGUUUGACAUCUUCUACACCAAACAGAUCUAUAAAUAAUUCAGAAUCAAUGGCACCAAGUUUGACAUCUUUUACACCAAACAAACAAGACAGAUCUUUGAAUAAUUCAGAAUCAAUGUCAUCACCUGAUUCGUCCUUGGACAGUAUUCCAAGCACGGUGUCUGGUGCAGCUGGUGGUUCUAGUCGUGGCUGUAUGCUGACACAAACAGUAAUGCAGGGAGACGAUCAGUCCUCCAGGGUACAGCAGAGAUACUUGUCACAAGUACAAACAGGGCCAAAUACACAAACUAUUUCUGCUGGUAAUAUUAACCUAGAAACCACAGCACCUGUCAAUUGUCAUCAACAUACAGAAAUUGAUCAAAGGUUGAAACCUACAUUAGAAAAUCUGAAGAAAAUAAUAUCUGUAUUUGUUAAACCAAACAUGAAUCUUAAGCCUAAAGAUGUCGCUCAAAAAUGUGGCCUAGGAAAAUCCAGAAAAGCUGCCAACAAACUUUUAUAUCACCUGGCAAAGAAAAAUGUACUAACAGUCACAACCUCUGAUGGCAAAGACCCUAAAUGGAACAAAGGUCCAUCAGCUCAGUACAGUGAACGAGAUUUACAAGAAUGGGCUGCAGAAAUAGAAUAUGGGAGUACAAGUUCACCUGCCCCAACUCCAGUUGUAAAUCACCACCAUCACAAUCAUCAACAUGAACAUAACACAUACCUUCAGGUUGGAGACCAAAAUGUUAUGGCUCUUGAUCCAAAUAAUCAGGAAGAAAAAAGAGAAAGAGAAGUGGUGCCAGCAUCAGAAGACAUGGUAUCCAACUUACAACACAAUUCCCAAUAAUUAAUUUUUUUUUACCAAAUAAUGGUAUUUCCAAGAUAUGUGAUAUGUGCAGAAGUUAUUUUUAUACUAAGAAUAUAUUUUUAAUGAAAGAAGAAGGAUGAUAUGCUACUUUCUUGGCCUCUUCAACUUCAAUUAAGAAAAAGUAUUAA